GUCGUCAACAUGCCGGAUGCGGAUGAGUCUAGAAACGCGCAGCCUCGAGCUCGAUCCUGGCAGCAGCUUCACGGCCGAGACCUCGGCCACCUUCGCGUACCGACACCCCCAAGCGACUGGACGGGGGGCGUUCUCAAGGCGUUCAACAUCUCGGUGGAGUUGGUCAAGCCGGAACUCUUCUAUGGUCCGCAUUGGCAGGAACGCUCCGUUGCGAGCAUACCUUCGGUGGUUUUCGAAGUCGCAGACCGCGCUGGCCUCCCUCAGAACACAGAGAGGCACAUCCGACGUUAUUUCGACUAUCUGUCCCUCGCAACGAACGUUCCGCAAGAAUCUGGCGUAGAUGCCCUCGUCCAAUCUACCCUCGAACUCCUCAGUUUUGACGAAGACGGCCUAGUCGUGCUCCCCCACUACCACUACAUGUUCGAAAUGGCCGGUAAAAAUCUCAUCAUCGAAUGCGAUGUCGCGCUUAUCCAUGCCGCGUAUCUCCUCACCUGCUUGGUCGUAGAGGACAAGCGCCUUUCGAACAAUGCGCAGGACCCCGAGGCUCAGGCCAUCGCAGAGGCCAUUGCGGCCGUGCAAGCGAACAACCGCAUCCGAAAGAACAGCAGCUUGCCCCCUCUCACCGAAUUCACUAUGCCUUUCAUGACGAUGAAAGGAGCAGAGCCUACGAUGUACACCAUCACCGUGACCGCCGACCUCCUUUCGGCCAUCGAGACUGGGAGCUAUCCGGAUGAAGCAGUUGUGGUGAAGCGGGCCAUGCCGAGCUGGAAAGUGGCUGGGCAAUUUAUCGUGGGCAACAACACCGGUAUGGAGGCUCUCAACCGGCGCAGGAUCAUUAUGGGUGAUCUCGAUGCCUUUCGACGACUUGUGCGAGAGCUGCGCCGACCUCUGCACCCGAUGUUCGCCUGAACGACGACGACGUAUUUUGAAGACUAUCUCUAGCGCUUGUAUGAUUUCCACGACCGUUCCACCAUCUCUCUCGCUUAGGGUUAGGGUUGAGUUGAACGGAAAUUGGAUGAGAAUUGAGGGCGAAACUGCCUG